AUGUAUGACAGUUAUAGGGCCUGCUGCGAAGAUAUGAUGUCAAAAUCGAUGGCUGUCCGAAGCGCAACCUUAUUAAGGUUAGUAGAACAGAGAGCAUUGUCAAGAAAGGAGCUGGAGGAAGAGAAAAAGAAGGAACAAGAAAGUCUUAUACCAUAUCUUCCUGAACCUUUGAUCUCUAAAAUCCUUGUUCGACUUCCUCUUGAAUCUCUACCAAGGUCAAGGUUUGUUUGUAAGCCAUGGUAUAAGAUUGUGAAUGACCCGGUGUUCAUUAAUGACUAUCUUGGUCGUUCUGAAACAGUCUUAGUCUUUCUCUCUCCAGUUCUUGGAGAACCAUUGCACCCUUAUUUUAGAACAUCAAUUCCAAAUGAAAAGCCUAACACAUUUUCUGUUGAAGCUAAGCUUUUUCAAUUACAAUCGAUACCCCUAUUUUGCCAACCCCUUAUGAACCCAGGAUCAAAGUUUUAUAUAAAGUUCAUGGAAAUAAAAGAUGGCAAAAGCAGGAUAGGAGAUUUUAAUGCUACUUGUUUGGGAAAUAUUAGAGCAACUUGCAAUGGCUUGAUUCUGCUUGAUAACACAAUGAAGAAAGGAGGACUAGUUGUCAUGAAUCCCGUGACGAGGGAGCUGACUGGGCUUCCUCUAGGCACCUUAUUUUCUUCUCAUGACGAAUCAUUUGGAUUAGCAUUUUGCAAUUCUACAAGUGGAUAUAAAUUGGUUCACCUAUUUCGGGAUGAGUUGCGGUACAUUGGUUGUGAGAUUCUAAAUCUUGGAAUGAGGUCAUGGAGGAUGGUUGAUGGGCCCUCUUUUGGACUCUUUGGUUGGUUUGGAUUUGAACCAGUUUCUGCACUUGGAGCUUUACAUUGGAUUCCUCAUAUUGAUCACAGUGAGUAUAUAGUAUCUAUGGAGAUAAACGAAGAAAAGUUUCACAAUAUAUCCCUCCCGAAAAGUUGUAGAAGUAAUGAUAGGAUUGUUGAUAUAGGUGGGCGUCUUUGUUUUAUGACUCGUGAAGAAAUGAACCAAAUUGAUAUGUGGAUGUUGGGGAACUUAUCCGGGGAAAACUGGACUAAGGAAUACACUAUCAUGGUGGGCUGCAUAACGGAUAUGAUCCCACUUUACUGUUCAAGAAUUAAUCGUGAAAUGAUUUUCAAGGAUAAAGAUGGUUCUCUGUAUGCUUAUGAUUUUCAUUUAGAAAUUAUGAGAAAGGUUGAAAUAAAAAACAGAUGUUUUCCAGUACAUGGCUUUUGCCUGCCUCAUGUCAACAGCCUUGUCUCAUGGCGGAUCCAGGAAGACGGUGAAGAUGCUGGAGACUAG